GGUGGGAGCGGGGCUGUUGAUAUCAAUAUGGCGGUUGUCAGCCAGACAAAGACAGUCAGUCUGAUGUGAUUGAGACGAGGGAGGUUUUCAGGGGGAGACUGGGAGAUAGGGGCCUCCCCUCCCCCUUCCCCUCCUCCCACGCCGGCCUCCACCCCCUUCCCCAGCCCCCCUCCCGCCGGGGACCCCGUGCGGAAGACACCCCUCCCCCCCUACCUCAGCCCUUCUUCUUGGGACGUUGGGGAGGGGGUUACCCGCGAGACAGAGAGAGAACUCAGCCAGGCUCCUGAGAAUGGUAAAUAACGCUGACACACUUCAAGAAGCAUUUUGACUUCCCCUCCUCAUGUAAAGUAUGCUCAGUUCCUUUCCAGUGGUGUAAGUACCCAAUAAUUUUCUUUUGCUGGAAACCAUGUCUCACUACACAGAUGAACCCAGAUUUACUAUAGAGCAAAUAGACCUGCUUCAGCGCCUUCGACGUACUGGAAUGACCAAACAUGAAAUUCUCCAUGCUUUGGAAACUUUGGAUCGUCUUGAUCAAGAACAUAAUGACAAAUUUGGGAGAAGGCCCAGCUAUGGAGGUGGUUCCUAUGGAAAUAGUACCAACAAUGUCCCAGCAUCUUCCUCUACAGCUACAGCUUCCACACAGACCCAACAUUCGGGGAUGUCCCCAUCACCCAGCAACAGUUAUGACACUUCCCCACAGCCUUGUACUACUAAUCAAAAUGGGAGGGAAAGUAAUGAAAGGUUGUCCACUUCGAAUGGAAAGAUGUCUCCCACUCGUUAUCAUGCAAACAGCAUGGGUCAGAGAUCAUACAGUUUUGAAGCCUCAGAAGAGGACCUAGACGUAGAUGAUAAAGUGGAGGAAUUGAUGAGGCGGGACAGUAGUGUGAUAAAAGAGGAAAUCAAAGCUUUUCUUGCCAAUCGGAGGAUUUCCCAAGCAGUUGUUGCACAGGUAACAGGUAUCAGUCAGAGCCGGAUUUCCCAUUGGCUGUUGCAGCAGGGGUCAGACUUGAGUGAACAGAAGAAAAGGGCAUUUUAUCGAUGGUACCAGCUUGAGAAGACAAACCCUGGUGCUACUCUAAGUAUGAGGCCUGCUCCCAUUCCAGUAGAAGACCCAGAGUGGAGACAGACACCUCCCCCAGUCACUGCAACGUCUGGUACCUUCAGACUACGGCGAGGUAGCCGAUUUACUUGGAGAAAAGAGUGCCUGGCUGUCAUGGAAAGUUACUUCAAUGAGAAUCAAUAUCCUGAUGAGGCAAAGAGAGAAGAAAUUGCCAAUGCCUGCAAUGCUGUCAUACAAAAACCAGGCAAAAAGCUGUCUGAUCUGGAACGAGUCACUUCCCUAAAAGUCUACAAUUGGUUUGCCAACAGAAGGAAGGAGAUCAAGAGAAGAGCCAAUAUCGAAGCAGCAAUCCUGGAGAGUCAUGGGAUAGAUGUACAGAGUCCAGGAGGCCAUUCCAACAGUGAUGAUGUAGAUGGAAAUGACUACUCAGAGCAGGACGACAGCACUAGCCAUAGUGACCACCAAGACCCCAUCUCAUUGGCUGUGGAAAUGGCAGCAGUCAACCAUACCAUACUGGCCCUGGCCCGGCAAGGAGCCAGUGAGAUCAAGACAGAAGCCCUGGAUGAUGACUGACUGACUGAUAGAGGGAGGGUCGAACACAAGAAGUUAACUUAGUUUUAGACGUAGCACCUUAGCAGACUUUCCUCGGUCCUUAAUAUGUGUUCUUACAGUAUAACUUUGCAGUUUCUUGUAUGUCAGUUAGCUGUUAGGGUCUUGUUCUGUGAAGAUGGCAUGGUGCCCUCAGCCUUUGCAUAUACUCUCUCAGUAUUAAUUCCCAGUAAAUAAUAACCAACCAAUCAAUCAACCAACCAAACUUCCCUCUCCCAGCCCCUGUGGCUCGAAAAUCUUGCUGCUCUGUUCUGUCUUAGCAUUCCAAGAAAGUGCUUCCAGGUAUUUUAGAUAGGCCUUGAUUUUCAAAUAUUAGACUACAUGUAAAAUCUCGGAUAACCUUAGAUAUCAUGUCACACUAGUCUAUCUACCCUUCUUUCCUUCUCUAAGACUGAAAGGAUGCAAGCUGAGGUAGUGUGGCAGAGGAUUGACAGACACCACUUGGGAGUAUCCACAAAGAGUAAAAAGAACACUGCAAUCCCCACCUUCGUGUGAGAAUAAUGGAUUUCCAGCUGCAAUAAGCCGUGCCUCAUUAUAGUCACACUGUGGCUAGAUUAUACUUCUCUGGGUGCUGUGCUAAGAAUGUCAAUGGGAAAACGUAUUCGCAGAUUUUGGUUGAUGUUAACAUGCCCAACACAGACAUCCUCUCCUAUCACAAGCUGUGUGACUUAGUGGAUAAAAUACUGCCUUCUGCCUUUGGGACCAUGUUAAAAGCCCAGCCUGAGAGCAUUGGGGAAAAUGAGCUGAAUGUCUAAUGGAGGCUAAGUUUACUUCUUAGAACCACUAUACAUUAUGGGCACAGCUACUAGUGCCUGACCGGAAAAGAUCCAGGAUUCGCCAUCCAAGUUGCAUUAUCCUUCCCUUGCCACUAAAAAGAAAAAAAAAGUUAAAAAAACAGAAGCUCUCAAGGAUGGGAUUAAGGUCACAAGUGAACGGGCUUGUAACUUUGUCUUUAUAACUCUUGCCUGCAACCUGCAAAGUAAGAAUAUUUGAUAGAGGACUUUACUACAACAGUUAUAUGGGGUAUCAUAAAUGCAACUCACUUAAAUAUGAGUAGGAAAAAGGCAGGGGAUCAUUUACCACUUACAUUGUAGGAGAUAUAAUGGGAUGUGACUGCUUUGGUGUUCUUCUUUACUCUGUCCUUGUAAUGGUAUGAGAAAGUUAUACUACCACAGGCAAUUUAAUUAAUAAUUGGAAGCCAUAUUGAUAAUGGAUGUGGUAAUAUUUGUAAAGUUUAAUCUACUUUAAGCAGCAGUAACUAAUGGAAUUUUUUUCCUUGAUCACAUAUGUAGCACUUUUGUUACUUUUUAAAGAUAUUUAUAUUUGAUAAAUCCUUUUUUCGUUUUGAGAAUUCAAAAUACCAAACAGUGAACUUGCAUUAUAGAGUCACCCUGCAAUCACCUUGUCAUCUAAUAGUAAAAUGAUGAACUAUCCAUGCAUCGAAGAAAAUUACAUCUGCUGGCAUUGUCUGAAAAUGAUCUCCUGGCGUCCCGAUUAAAUGACAUUGUGUCAUAGCUGGUAAGAGGAAAUAGCAUAGGAUAUGUCUGAAGUAGGCACGAGUACAGUGUGUGUCCUGCCUCAUUCCAUCUUUUCUCUCCAUAUACAACAAAACCUUGUUUAAUGGGGUAGAAGAGGCUAGCUGUUAAGCAGGGCUUCUCUGUCUUUUGUUCUUCAUGUGAACUAUUUCUAUUAGAGAAUGAAGGUGCCAUUUCUUCUCUUCCUCUUUUCUCCGCCCCCUCCCCCUUUCCUUCCUACACAGACGUCUUGAACUUCAGACCAUUGCUAGAGAGACUGAACUUGCUUAUUUUCUCCUUUUCUUUUUCCUUUGGGUGCAGUUUCUUGAGCAUCAUUAAGGUUUUAGCCAGUAUUCCCAUUAAGAUUCACACUCAGCAAAUCAUCUCUUCAUCCGCCAGUCUUGCUAGCUAAAUGUGAGUAGGAGUCAGCACUUUCAGAAGACAUGAAGUUCACAUCUAUCCAUGAUUUUGAAGAGCUCUAUUUCAGGGGAAAAUAUAUGUGCUUUUCACAGAUGUGGACAGCAGAAAUAAAGGAAAAGUUUUCCCCCUUUUGAUUUAUAUUACUUGAAUAGGCAAAUUUGAGUAGCAUGACUUAUGCUCAGGAAUGAAGUCAUUUGAUCCCACCACCAAUUUUCUUUCUUUCUUUUCUUCUUUGUGAGUCUUUUUUCAGA